CCGGGUCAGCCGUAGGUUUGGGGGGGGGGGGAAAGAAAGGAGAAAGGUUAAGGCACCGCGAGGAGCAGAUGAAGCCUCCAAGUCAGCUCACGUCUUGCACGGACCAGGCAGACUGCUGCUUCUAGAUGGUCUUAAGAGAAGACUAGGAAAACUUUUUUUUUUUUUUUUUUUUUUUGCUCUUUUAAUAAGUUAAAUUUUUUUUUUUUUUGCUCUGCUUAUGGAUGAUGGAACUUUAACCAUGUGGCAGAUAGCUGAUCAGCUUCCUCGGAUUUCGCCUGCAGCGUCGCUCUGUUUCGCCUGAAGAUGGAAACGCUCGAGUCGGAGCUGACCUGCCCAAUCUGUCUGGAGCUCUUCGAGGACCCGCUGCUGCUGCCUUGCGCCCACAGCCUGUGUUUCGGCUGCGCCCACCGCAUCCUGGUUUCCCACUGCACCCCCAACGAGCCCGUCGAGUCCAUCACCGCUUUCCAGUGUCCCACCUGCCGCUAUGUUAUCACCCUCAACCAGAGGGGCCUAGAGGGACUGAAGCGCAACGUGACUCUGCAGAACAUCAUCGACCGCUUCCAGAAGGCCUCCGUGAGCGGGCCCAACUCUCCUAGCGAGACGCGGCGCGAGCGCGCGCCCGACGACGGCGCCAUGACCUCGCCCGGCGAGGCGGUGCAGUGCCAGUUCUGCGAGCAGGACCCACCGCAGGAUGCCGUCAAGACGUGCGUCACCUGCGAGGUGUCCUACUGCGAGGAGUGCCUGAAGGCCACGCACCCCAACAAGAAACCGUUCACGGGCCACCGGCUAAUCGAGCCGCUGCCCGACUCGCACCUGCGCGGGCUCAUGUGCCUGGAGCACGAGGACGAGAAGGUGAACAUGUACUGCGUCACCGAUGAGCAGCUCAUCUGUGCCUUGUGCAAGCUCGUGGGGCGCCACCGAGACCAUCAGGUGGCCGCCCUCGGCGACCGCUACGAGAAGCUCAAGAGAUCUCCAGGCCGGCACCUCAGUGAAGGGGGCGAAAAGGAGCCCGAGGACCAGCAAGCUUUGGAUUCAAACCUUAGCAAUCUAAUUAAGAGGAAUAACGAACUGGAAACUCUCAUGGGCAAGUUAAUACAGACCUGCCAGCAUGUAGAGGUGAACGCAUCGCGACAAGAAAACAAGCUCAUGGAGGAGUGUGACCUCUUGAUUGAUAUUAUCCAGCAAAGAAGACAAAUCAUUGCGACGAAAAUCAAGGAGGGCAAGGUGGUGAGGCUGCGCAAACUGGCCCAGCAGAUCGCCAACUGCAAACAGUGUAUCGAGCGCUCUUCGUCGCUCAUCACGCAGGCCGAUCAGACGCUGAAGGAGACGGACCAUGCCCGCUUCCUGCAGACCGCCAAGAGCAUCUCCGAGAGGGUGUCCAUGGCAACAGCUUCCUCUCAGGUCCUUAUUCCUGAAAUCAACUUGACAGAUACAUUUGACACAUUUGCGCUAGAUUUCACGAGGGAAAAGAAAAUGCUGGAAAGUCUGGAUUAUCUUACAGCACCGAAUCCUCCGGGAAUCCGGGAGGAGCUGUGCACGGCAUCGUACGACACCAUCACCGUCCACUGGACGAGCGACGAUGAGUUCAGCGUGGUCUCCUAUGAGCUGCAAUACGCCAUUUUCACUGGUCAGGCCAAUGUUGUCAGUUUGUGCAACUCGGCCGACAGCUGGAUGAUUGUGCCCAACAUCAAGCAGAACCACUACACGGUGCACGGCCUGCAGAGCGGCACCAAGUACAUCUUCAUUGUGAAGGCCAUCAACCAGGCGGGCAGCCGCAGCAGCGAGCCCGGCACGCUGAAGACCAACAGUCAGCCGUUCAAGCUCGACCCAAAGUCUGCCCACCGGAAGCUGAAGAUCUCUCACGACAACCUGACGGUGGAGCGGGACGAGACAUCCUCCAAAAAGAGUCACACGCAGGACCGCUUCGUGAGCCAGGGCAGCUAUGGUGUCCUGGGGAACGUUUACAUCGACAGCGGGCGCCACUACUGGGAGGCUCUGAUUGGUGGGAGCACAUGGUACGCGGUAGGCAUCGCCUACAAGUCAGCGCCAAAGCACGAGUGGGUGGGGAAGAACGCCUGCUCGUGGGUGCUGUGUCGCUGCAACAGCUCGUGGGUGGUGCGCCACAACGGCAAGGAGCUGCCCAUCGAGCCGUCGCCCCACCUGCGGCGCAUCGGCGUGCUGUUGGACUACGACGCCGGCUCACUGGCCUUCUAUGACGCCGUCAGCUCGCAGCACCUCUACACCUUUGACGUGGCCUUCGCCCAGCCCGUGUGCCCCGUCUUCAACAUAUGGAACAAGUGCUUGACGGUGCUCACGGGCCUGCCCAUCCCAGACCACCUGGAGAGCGCCGAGCUGCAGGACUGACUGACCGUGGUGUCAGACACUAACCCAGGGCGCUCGGAGGUUGGGAGUUGGGGUGGGGGUGGAGUGUGAAAGCCCAAGAUAGCUCUGCUCACGACAAGCAGUCAAAGCUCAUCUUCAUCACUUCUUCGUAUGAUUCUUUUUUUUUUUUUUUUUAAAAAGCCAUGGCUUUAAAUAUUGUUACUUAAUGCUCUUAUUGUAGUAAAUUAAUUGCUGUAAAUUAUUUAUGGGGAAGAAUUGGAUUUAAAAAC